AUGGGAUUGACGAUGGUGGACAUUAAAACCGUACCAACACAGCCAUACGAUGACCAAAAGCCUGGCACUUCAGGAUUGAGAAAGCGUGUCAAAGUCUUCCAGCAACAAAAUUACACCGAAAACUUUAUCCAAUCGGUCCUCCAUGCCGUGGAAAACAAUGGCAAGGGUGCCACACUCGUUGUCGGUGGUGAUGGACGAUAUUAUCUAGACGAGGUGAUGCAAGUGAUCAUCAAGUUUAGUGUAGCUGCAGGGGUAUCCAAGCUAAUUGUGCCACGCCAUGGUCUAUUAUCUACACCAGCCGGUUCUCAUCUUAUUCGCAAACUGAAAGCAACAGGUGGUAUCAUUCUUACAGCAUCACACAAUCCCGGUGGUCCCGAUAAGGACUUUGGUAUCAAGUACAAUGGACGUAAUGGUGGACCGGCACCGGAAAAUGUGACCGAUCGUGUCUUCCAAAUUAGCAAAGGGAUCAAUGAACUUCGAUACGCGGAUAUCCCAAGGAUCUCUUAUGACGAACUUGGAACACAAAACGUUGGUGACAUGGUUAUCGAAGUGAUUGACGGCAUUGAUGAUUAUGUGGCACUUAUGAAAGAGAUCUUUGAUUUUGACGAGAUCAAGGCGUUCCUACAAUCCAACAAGAAUUUCAAGGUGCUGUUUGAUGGCAUGCAUGGAGUGACGGGAAUCUAUGGAGAGCGUAUCUUUGUACAAGAAUUUGGUCUCCCACCAACAAGCAUCAUGCGUUCAAAGCCGUUGCCAGAUUUUGGUGGUGAGCAUCCUGAUCCCAAUUUAACCUAUGCCCAUGAGCUGGUAGAGCGAGUGGAAAAGGAACAAAUUGAUUUUGGCGCUGCAUCCGAUGGUGAUGGUGAUCGUAAUAUGGUGAUUGGCAAGAACGCAUUUGUGUCACCUUGCGAUAGUGUUGCCGUGAUUGCGCAUUAUGCUUGUGAAGCGAUCCCCUAUUUCCGUAAACAAGGCGGCAUUCGUGGACUUGCACGUAGCAUGCCCACUUCUCGAGCGUUGGAUCUUGUUGCGAAAAAGCAAGGUGUCGAAUGCUUUGAAGUACCCACUGGAUGGAAGUUCUUUGGCAACCUUAUGGAUGCAGGUCGCUGCUCGAUAUGUGGUGAAGAAUCUUUUGGCACUGGAUCGGAUCAUGUUCGUGAAAAGGAUGGUGUGUGGGCUAUUCUAGCAUGGCUCAGCAUUGUCGUCCAUGUAAACAAGACCAAGCCAGGUACAUCCAUUUAUGAUAUCCUCCAAAAUCAUUACAAGAUUUAUGGUCGCAACUUCUUCUCCAGGUAUGAUUACGAAGAAGUGGAUAGCAGAAAAGCCAACGAUCUCGUUGAAAAUCUACGUGGGCUUUCUGGUACCAGUCAACUGCUUGGUCAAAAAUUUGGUCCUUUCAAGGUAUCCAAAAUGGAUGACUUUACCUAUGAUGAUCCAAUAGACAACAGCGUUGCAAGCCAUCAAGGUAUGCGUGUCAUGUUCGAGGAUGGAUCGCGCUUUGUUGUAAGGUUGUCGGGCACUGGAUCUCAAGGUGCAACGGUACGAUUGUACGUUGAAAAGUAUAGCAGCGAUCCAAGUGAAUAUACAGAAGACACACAAAAGGCUCUGAAGCCUCUGAUUGACGUGGCACUCGAGAUUACCAAGCUACAACACUACACAGGCCGAGACCGCCCUACAGUCAUCACUUGA